CACACACACACACUGUCUGGUCUCUUUAGCACCGGCACACGACUCUCUCUCACACACACACACACACACACACUCACACACUCUCUCUCCUGCACCGCUCAUCAUUCCAACACAGACCGGACCGCUGUCUCCCUCCAUCAUGCCGAAGGAGGAGUGUAAGUUAUCUUCAGGCUGUAAACAUAAAGAGCGUAAACCCAAGAAGCCGCAUUACAUCCCGCGUCCCUUCGGGAAACCUUACAACUACAAGUGCUUCCAGUGUCCCUUCACCUGCAUGGAGAAAUCCCACCUGUACAACCACAUGAAAUACAGUCUGUGUAAGAACUCACUCUCCCUGCUCAUCGAGUCUGACUGGCCAUAUAAAAAAGGGAAUCUGCUCCCGUCCGAGCAGCUCCGACUGCAGCAGGGCAUUGUGGGAAGUCAUGGUUCGGAUCAGGGGCAGGAGCAGGUGAAGCAGAAGGCGGGAGAUGAGCUGCAGCUCAGCUUCACCGAUGAACAGGAGAUGGAGUUGGAGAAAGACACGGACGCUCGGGCGGAGACGAAGGGGUCGGCCAAUCAGAGCUCGGAGCAGACGGAGGUGUCUCCGAGGGGCGGGGCCAAGCAGGAAGCUGAGCUUAUCAUGGCAGAUGUGUUUUCGCUGGAGGAGCAGCUGUUACGAGCGCGCUCGGUGGAGGUUGAAUCAAAGCUGCGUCACUACCGGCUCUCCAAAACACGCAUGCUCCUCUCUGAGUCAUUGCCCUGUUACCCCCCCACAUUACCCCCUGGGCACCUCAACUGCCCUGAUGCCCCACCCCUUAACCUCUCUCUGCUUGGGGUUGGAUACCCUUUGAGCUCUGAGCUCUUUUCCUAUCUUAACCCUGGCCUCGGCACUGCAACGACGUCUAAUCCAGCGCAGGUCGGCUCUUUACCUUUUUUAGCUUCAGCAGCUCAGCUCACACACACUCACACACACUCUGACCGCUCAGUACUGCCCCCACGCUUCUAUUACCCCUUCCUGUGUGAACACAUGGCAGCAUCAGACCCCGGUAAAGCGGCUAAACCCGCUGCCUUUAACCCUAAACUCAAUCUGUGGAAGUUCCCAACACUUCGGCCUGCAGACUCAAAUGAAGCCUGGAGCUCGUCUGGCAGCCUGAGCCCAGAGACGGGGCCCGGCACCGGGGAGCGAGCUCAGAGCCGAUGGGGGGUCGAGCAAAGCGUAAAAAGGGUGACGGCUUCUCUGGAAUCCCAUAAUUCACCUGCUGAGAAAAAGGGACCAUCAUUCAUGCUCAAUCAGGCCACGCCCAUUUCUGUUGACAGACUCCUCCUACACAGCAGUCUCAGCAGUCGAACCGGAUUGGAUGAGCGCCAUGCAGACAUAAGAAGCUCCGCCCACUUCGCUGAGGUAGGAGACGAGAAGGACAGAGAGACGGAUGGAGGGAUGGAAGGAGAGAUAGUAUGUGAUCUUUCCUCUGCGCUGCAGGAGCUCCACCGUGCCGAGCGGGAGGUGGAGCUACACCCAGAACACGCCCACUCUCACCACAUGUGGGCACAAAAGAUCCGCAAAAUCCGCCUGGAGCUGUCUCACCUCCAUCAGGCACUGCAGAGGACUGCUCAGGGACCCCUCGACCUGUCCGUCAAAAAGGAGCCUGUCGCCAUGACGACCACAGCUCUGGGUGACAAUCAGGAAAUGAAACAGCAUUCAGGACUGAGCCAGGAUAUGAGUUCUGAAACAGGAGAAGAGGAGGAAGAGGAAACAGAGACAGAGGACGAGUGGAAGAAACGAUCCCUCGACAUCCUGAUCAGGAUGGGCCAGUCCCAGGGCGUUUCCGUGGUGACCCCGGGUGUUGCCAUGGUGAAGUCCGAGCCAUUGCUGGGUGAUGUAGAGGCGCUGUGGAAUAGCAGGACCAGAAAAUGUGAAGCGGACUCCAGCGUUCGGGUGUGUUCAAAACCCCCAAACUGCCCCUCGAGCCCAAUAACUGCUCCUGCAGUACAAUAACUGCCUCAUCUAUUAAAUAACAACCCUCUAACUCUAACACUAAUUGCCCCAGCAACUCCAGUAACUGCUCUCUAACACCACUAAUGGCCACAUAACUCCAGUAACUGUCACUGUAACCUAAAUAACUGCCCCUGCAACUCCCAUAACCACUUAAGUAACACCCAUAACUUCAUCUUUAAUCCAAUAACUGCCUCAAAACUCCCAUAAGUGCCCCUUUAAUCCAACAACUGCCCUGUUUGUCCAAAAACUAAUUGCCCUGCAAACACCAACUACCACCUCAUUUCAAUUAUGUCCCUCUUAAGACCAACUGGACCAAUCCAGUAUUUGCCUCUCCAAUCACACAUCUGCCCUAAAAAAUAACUCCCCCUCCAAUUUAACAACUGCCUCCAUCAAAGAGCAAUUUAAAUAAAAUGAACCAUGCGACUCAGUUUGUCAGUUUCACACACACACACACACACACACACACACACACAC